CACCUACCUGCCCCAUCCCAAUUGCGAUACCAUCCAGAUGUCAGACCACGAAGCAGGUGAGAAGCGGAAGCGGGUUGUGGAAAAAGUCGAUGCAAAGUACAAAUGCCCCGGGUGCAUGGCACGCACAUGCUCGGCCGCCUGCUCAAAGGAGCACAAGCAGGAGACUGGAUGCAGCGGCCAGCGCGACCGCACAAAGUUUGUUAAGCGAGCCGAAUACGACGCCAACACCCUGAUGAGCGACUAUGGCUUUUUGCAGGAGCUUUCGCGCGACCACGAUAACCUGACCCGCCUCGUCAAGGAGCAAGGUGUGCCUACAGGCAAUGCAAGCAAGGGCAGAAAGCCAAUGCAGCAAGCAGGCCUGGCGCUACUACCCUCACUCCUGACGCAAAAGAAUACCGUGACGCGUGCCCGGGUGAACCGCAAUGUGAGUAUUCGGUAUAUGAGCCCCGGAAUCCAGAGACAUGCGCAGAACAAGACGCUGUGGUCAAAGUCACACUCGCGGCUAGUGUGGACCAUUGAGGUUUCGGUGCCUGAGCUGGAGGGCGUGGCAGACAAAUGGAUCGAGACCGGCUUCCACGAUGUAUGCCAGCUUGGGGAUCUGUGGGAGCGCCUGCUGCUGUUCAACUCUAGCGAUAGUAAGAAGCCGGUUGACACUGUAACCUCGAGCGCUGCCGAUACACGUCCUCCCCCACGCAAGCGUGCUAAGCAGGACUUUAUCAAGAUCAGUCUGCCCUCCGACGACGGCAGUGAGCAUAUAUUCAAAUCGAACAUCCCUCGGCCAACACUGGAUGCCAUCAAGGCCAAGUUUGCCACUAGCGCAGUCACCGAGCUUACCUGGCUGAUCAAGGCACAAGACACACCAGCAAACAAGCCGACAUUUUAUCGCAUUGACCCCUGCCAGCCGCUUCAUACCCAGCUUGUAUACCAGACAGUUGUUGAGUUCCCGACGUUCUUUGUCUAUUCAGCACCGCCAACUCGACUUGGAAACCACGAGAUUACGAUUCUCGACAUCCCCGUUGCGGUCCAGGCUAGUGACUCUGAGAGCAGCGCGUCGAGCUCAUCCGAGUCGUCGUCACCAUCAGAUUCGGAGGAUAGUGACGACGAAAACAAGACCAAGGAGAAAUAGGCGUUACCAGCACUGUUUAGAUAUUCUGUUUCUUGGCAUUGAAAAACGUAUACACCCCGAUGUUCAAUAGU